AUGUGCGGUGAGCGCAUGACUGGUGUCCUCGUGGCCACGAAGAAUAAGCCAGUACUUCUCAAGCGAUUGCAUGGUUGCAUACCAAUGACUGGCGUCGAAGUGGUGCCGCCGCAAGAAGAUCAUAGACCGGCGUUUUUCGGCAUUUCCGCAAGUUUCUUCUGCCUCUUUUUGUAUUACAGUUUUUUCGCUCGUUUCGCGGUUCUCAUCUAUACGCAUUAUGGCUUGGAUGGUCGCGAGAUUGGGGUGAUUGGCCUUCUGAGCAUCCUGGCAAGCAUCCCUGCCUCCUCCUUUUGGGGCCUUGUUGCGGACCGCAGCGGCCGUCGGAAGCUCGUCCUCGCUUGCUGCUUGGGAAUGGCAGCGACCUUCCAAACGUUGCUGUGUUUGGCUCCUUACAUUCAGAACCACACUUAUCGAUUCAUGUACUGCUGCACAAUGAUGGUUAGUUACACGGCUGCGCGUGGCAACGAUUAUGGCCAGCUCCGAGGAAUCACCAUGAGAACACUGGAGAGGUUCAAUCGUCAGGGAGCUUAUGGCAACCUUCGCCUUUGGGGAGCUGUGUCCUGGGGCAUCGCCCAUCCAGUCCUGGGUUGGCUUUUGGACGUAGAGCAUGGCCAGCUGCAGAUGCUCUUCAUCGGCAAUGCAUUAAGUGCACUGUUGGCCGUAGCGUGCUUCUCGCUUCUUCUACAAAGUCGAUGGACCGAUGAGGGUUCUGCAAGCCAGCACUCCGACGGCGGCCGUUGCCAAGGCGAUUGCGAUGCAGGUGGAGCGGAAGGGGGGCCCCAACCCGCGCAGCAAGCCUCGCUGCGUGCACUUUUGCAAAUCCUCUAUUCCAGGCCCGAGAUGAUUACAUGGCUUCUGUGCGCAGCGACACAAGCCAUGGGCAUGCAGCACGUGUUCCAGUUCCUCUUCCUGUACAUGCAAGAGCGUUUUCACUCAACCGACAUCCUGAUGGGCUUCAGUGUCACAGUGACGGUUCUCUUCGAGAUUCCCAUUUUUGCAAUUAGCGAGAAGAUCGUGCCGAAGCUGGGGCCAACGGUUCUCAUUGCCAUAGCCAUGGCUAGCUUUGUUGUACGUGUGCUGGGAUAUACCAUUGUCCCUGGAGCUGCUUGGUUGCUUUUUUUGGAGCCGCUACAUGGUGUCACCUACAGCUGCUUCACCCUUGCAACUGUGCAUUACUUGAACGAACAUGUUCCCAUGCACAUGAUAUCCACGGCUCAAGGCUUCAUGUCUUCGAUCACAGCCUGCGGCUCCGCGUUGGGAGCCGUGCUCGGUGGCUGGCUCAUGGAUCUGCCAAAUGGUGGCUUAAUUCUCUUUCGUUCAGACACUGUCAUCAUGAGCCUGGUCCUCGUCCUAUUCCUGGCAUCUCAAAAGAAGUCGUGCCGGAGAAGAGAGACGUUGCUGGAUGCGGAGUCUUCACCAGUUGGCAACUCCUGA